AUGAUGAAGAGAGGAAACCUACAGUUUACCCUAUUCUUUCUUUAUUGUAUUGAUAGAUGCACGGCUGUAAACAAGUGUUACUACCCCGGUGGCGGGGAAUCACUAGAUGAUGCUCCUUGCGACCCAGACGCCGAAGUCAGUGUCUGCUGCGGUCGCUUUUCAUCAGGCGGCGGAUGCCUAUCAAACAAGCUAUGUAUGGGGAUAGAUGGGAGAAUGAGCCGUGGCUCUUGUACAGACAAGAACUGGUUGUCACCAGAAUGUCCCAAUUUCUGUACUGGGAUCGUCGUGACACCUUGCCUCAACGGAAACGACAGCAGCACCACGCACUGCUGCUUCCUCGACCGUAUCUGCUGCAGUGACGAAUCAGCCUUGUUCGAAGCACCUCCCGCCCGGCCAGUCACGACAGCGACUUGGAACUCCAAGUCUUCUCGGUACAUCUCUUUCCAGCUCCAGCCCUCGACCUCUUUAUCCUCAACCAAAACGUCGACUUCCUCAUUGUCAACCGCCCCUCUGACUUCAACUUCGACAGAAAGCACAGCCACGACAGCAUCCCGAUCCAUAACCACCACAGAGCCCGCUUCAUCUACAACCACCCCAGAGUCAACCCCAUCCUCACCCGGCAAUCAACCACAAUCCCAACCCCAACCUCAACAACAACAACAACAACCAGGGACCCCUCCCCCCAGCAACAACAGCCGGUAUAGCCAUAGGCGCCAUACUCGGCGCAGCCCUCAUCGCAGCAGUAGUCUACCUCCUCUGGAGGCUGAACAAAAGCCAAAAAUUACUCGAGCAAGCAGUAGGAGGAAACCAAGCACCCGGAAACACACCACAUUACAGCCCUCCAUAUGGCUUCCACCACUCCUCUCAGCAUUCACACGCACCCGAGACAAACUCAGUCAAGGAGCUCCCCUCCGAUCGAAGCGCGGGUGA